UCCCCAGCUCCCCCAUCCUUGAGUUCCGGGUGUGCAACAGCCUCCUCCUCCGCGUCUCCUCCGGCACGCGUGGUGGCGCCUGAGCUGCUGGGCCCGACAUCGGCUCCUUGGGUUUUUUUGUCAUCUGUAACUGAGUGAGUGGGGAAAAAAAAGACCAUGGUGCUCAACAGUUUGGAUAAGAUGAUUCAACUCCAGAGAAAUACCAGUAACAUCAGAAACAUCUGCAUACUGGCUCAUGUGGACCACGGGAAAACCACGCUGGCAGACUGCCUCAUAUCUAGCAAUGGAAUCAUCUCCAGUCGCCUGGCUGGGAAGUUAAGAUAUAUGGAUAGCCGAGAAGAUGAACAGAUUCGAGGAAUCACCAUGAAAUCGAGUGCCAUUUCCCUACACUAUGAAAAAGAUGAUCAGGAGUACCUCAUUAAUCUAAUAGACUCCCCGGGACACGUGGAUUUCUCCUCAGAAGUAUCAACUGCCGUCCGAAUUUGUGAUGGCUGCAUCAUUGUGGUGGAUGCUGUGGAAGGAGUCUGCCCACAGACGCAAGCAGUCCUUCGACAAGCCUGGCUAGAAAACAUCCGCCCAGUUCUAGUGAUCAAUAAAAUAGAUCGUUUGAUAGUGGAACUUAAGUUGACCCCUCAGGAAGCAUAUUCUCACCUGAAGAAUAUCUUAGAACAGAUUAAUGCACUCACUGGGGCUCUUUUUACUUCUAAAGUCUUAGAAGAAUGGGCCAAAAGAGAAACCGAAUCCCAAGAGAGUUCAGAUUCUGUACCAGGAGACCAAGUUUAUGACUGGAGUGCAGGCUUGGAGCACACAGAUGAUUCUCACCUUUACUUCUCACCAGAUCAGGGAAAUGUGAUAUUUACAAGUGCAAUAGAUGGAUGGGGCUUUGGGAUUGAGCAUUUUGCCAAACUCUACAGCCAAAAACUUGGCAUCAAAACCGAUGUUCUUCUGAAGACCUUAUGGGGAGAUUAUUACCUAAAUACAAAAUCAAAGAAGAUUAUGAAAGCUGACCAGACAAAAGGAAAGAAACCUUUAUUUGUACAGUUAGUCCUGGAAAAUAUAUGGAGUCUCUAUGAUGCAGUCCUGAAAAGGGACAAAGAAAAAAUUGAUAAAAUAGUAAGCUCAUUGGGAUUAAAAAUUGGAGCCCGAGAGGCACGUCAUUCUGACCCUAAAGUUCAGAUCAAUGCCAUUUGCAGCCAGUGGCUUCCAAUAUCAAAUAGUGUUCUUGACAUGGUAUGUCAGAAACUCCCUAGUCCUCUUGACAUCCCGGCUGAGCGGGUGGAGAGGCUGCUGUGCACUGGAGCAAGGACCUUUGAUUCUCUUCCUCCAGAAACCCAGGAACUAAAGACAGCUUUUAUGAAAUGUGGAAGUGAAGACACAGCUCCAGUGAUCAUCUUUGUUUCCAAAAUGUUUGCAGUUGAUGCAAAGACUUUACCUUGUAACAAACCGAGGCCUCUAACUCCAGAAGAAAUUGCUCAAAGGCGGGAGUUUGCGAGAAGAAGGCAUGCUGAAAAGCUGGCUGCUGCUCAGGGACAGAUGCCAUUGGAACCAGCUCUUGUUGAAAAUGCAUCUGAAAUCUGUCCAAAGAAAGAAGAGACAAAAAAUGAUGAGCAGCUGACCAGUCCAGUUGAGAGUAUCACCUUAAAACCUGUGAUGCAGGAAGCAGAGGACAAAGAUUCUUUCAUUGCUUUUGCUCGGGUGUUUAGUGGUGUGGCUCGAAGAGGACAGAGAAUUUUUGUCUUAGGACCCAAAUAUGAUCCUGCUGAAUUUUUGCAAAGGGUACCUUUAGGCUUUUCGGCUUCUCCAGAUGAUCUUCCGUCAGUUCCCCAUAUGGCUUGUUGUACUUUGGAAAACCUCUACCUUCUGAUGGGAAGGGAACUAGAGGAUCUACAGGAAGUGCCCCCAGGCAAUGUACUAGGGAUAGGAGGUCUGCAGGAGUUUGUCCUGAAGUCUGCUACCCUGUGUACCUCGCCAUCUUGCCCUCCCUUUAUCCCACUCAACUUUGAAGCCACUCCCAUUGUGAGAGUUGCAAUUGAGCCAAAACAUCCAGGUGAGAUGCCGCAGUUGGUUAAAGGAAUGAAGCUUUUAAACCAGGCUGAUCCAUGUGUGCAAGUUUUAAUUCAGGAGACUGGAGAACAUGUGUUAGUUACAGCAGGAGAGGUCCAUCUCCAACGAUGCCUGGAUGACUUGAAAGAAAGGUUUGCAAAGAUUCAAAUCAGUGUAUCUGAACCAAUCAUCCCAUUUAGGGAAACAAUUACUAAGCCACCCAAAGUGGACAUGGUCAACGAAGAAAUAGGUAAACAACAGAAGAUUGCAGUCAUACACCAAACCAAAGAGGACCAGAGCAAACUCCCUGAGGGGGUCCAGGUUGAUGCCGAUGGGCUCAUCACAAUAACCACCCCAAACAAACUCGCCACUCUCAGUGUCCGAGCCCUGCCUCUCCCGGGAGAAGUCACUCAGAUCCUUGAAGAAAAUAGUGAUUUGAUUCGGUCUAUGGAGCAACUGACUUCUUCUUUAAGUGAGGGGGAAAAUACUCAGAUGAUUCAUGAGAAAACCCAGGCUAAGAUCCAGGAGUUCAAACAAAAGUUGGAGCAAAACCUACAGGGAAGGAAAUGGAGGAAUGUUGUGGACCAGAUCUGGUCAUUUGGUCCUAGGAAAUGUGGACCUAAUAUAUUAGUAAAUAGAUGCAACGAUUUUAAGAGCUCUGUAUGGCAGUGCCUUGAGAGCAAAUGUAUUAAAGAAGCAAGUAAAUACAGAGAUUUUGACAAUAGUAUCAUCAGUGGAUUUCAGCUGGCAACAUUCUCAGGCCCCAUGUGUGAAGAACCGCUCAUGGGUGUCUGUUUUGUUCUAGAAAAAUGGGACCUAAGUAAAUUCUUGGGUCAAGGAGCAACUGAGAAAGCCGAAGAGGAGCUAGACAGAGGUGAAACUGCUUCUGACCCAAGUAAACCUCUAGGGUCACCCACUGAAAAGGAACAGUUUCAAGAGGAGUAUCCAGAGACAUUGGAAAAAAGGAGCAAGCGUAAAGGGGAAGCAUUCCUGGCCGACUGUUAUGGCCCUUUCUCUGGUCAGCUGAUUGCUACUAUGAAAGAAGCUUGCCGCUAUGCACUACAAGUGAAACCCCAGCGCCUCGUGGCAGCAAUGUAUACCUGUGACAUCAUGGCCACUGCAGAAGUAUUAGGUCGGGUCUAUGCUGUCUUGUCAAAGAGAGAAGGUCGAGUACUGCAGGAAGAGAUGAAAGAAGGGACGGACAUGUUCAUUAUCAAAGCUGUGCUUCCAGUAGCUGAAAGCUUUGGAUUUGCUGAUGAAAUAAGGAAGAGGACAAGUGGUCUUGCCAGCCCACAGUUGGUGUUCAGCCAUUGGGAGAUAAUAUCCAGUGAUCCAUUCUGGGUUCCAACUACUGAGGAAGAAUAUUUGCACUUUGGAGAGAAAGCUGACUCAGAGAACCAAGCUCGAAAGUACAUGAAUUCAGUACGAAAGCGGAAAGGACUUUAUGUGGAAGAAAAAAUUGUGGAACAUGCGGAGAAGCAAAGAACACUUGGCAAAAAUAAGUAACUGUCUCCAUUUUCAGUUCAGUACACUGGUGGAUUAUUUUUUUCCUCUCUAACAGAUUAAAAGCAUCAUUAAGGAUUUGCAGUUUUGAAAUUUUUCUUUCUGCUGCAGAAUUUGUUCGUUUUUAAUAAACUUGAUCAAGUUUAGUGUAUUAAAUAAGGUUAUUCAAAAAAGAUGUUGAUAAGGUAUUUUUCAAAGACUGGUUUUAGUCUAAGGCAAGUAUGUGUUACAGAUACCUAAACAACGACUUGUCAGUUUUCUACAUAACCUUAAAGAUUCCAAUAUUAAUAUCGAGUAGGACAAGAUUUUUAAUACAGGGACAACAAAUUAUGGAGUCUUUGGUUUGUGUUUAUUGCUUUUUCAUUUUGUGAAAAGUCAUCAUGGUUCUACCUUGCAUCCUGAAAUUUUGUGUGAAAUUUGUGAUAAACUUUGUAGAAUGAAAACAUUGAGGAAAACAUCACCCACAAACGAGUGGCAGAACUGUGCAACAGAAACAUUUUUUGCAUGUGAAAGUCAAAUCAUACCUAGUACAUUGUGUGGAGAUCAUGUGACUGACUAGUAGAAAAGUAACCAUUUUAAACUCAGGGUAUAAUUCAUCAAAUCUCAAACAAUUACAAUAGAUUCAUUUGACAGCAUUGCUUAACAGAAUGUUUUCUUAUGUGUAAUAUGCCAGUAACUUACCUUGUCAACUGACUAUUUGAACAACCUUCACUGAUUACUGUGAACAUCAUCUUAAAUUCCUUUAAGAUGUAGUAGGAAUAAUAAGUCACACAUAUACUUUAAAAAUAGUGUUAC